CAGGAGGAGAGGGGACGCGGCAGGCGCGCAUGGCGGCGGGCUCGCCAGCGGCUACGGCGGCUACGGCGCCAGCGGCGCCGGCGCUGGCCGCGGGGCGGCGGCGGCCGGCGCCGAGUGCUGUGGGGCCGCCUGCGGAGGCGGCCCCGGCGGGGGGCUCACAACGCUGUCGUACGUGGGCGCCGGCUGCGGAGACUACUCGGCGGAGACGUCCUACCGCUACGUGGGCGCGGGCGCGGGAGAGUUCGGCGUCGUGAGGCUCCCGGCGGGCGGGCCCAACUGCUGCGUGUGCCUGGUCGCCCCGGUGCUGCUGUCCCUCCUGGCGCUCCCGCUGCUCGUCUGGGCGUUGAUGG